GCAGCGCUUCCUAAUAUAGACACCAUUCUCUCUUGUUUAAAAACAUUGACAAAAAUAUUUUUUUAAUCAAAAUAUAAAACAGUAAUGUUAUCCUCUCCUCUAAAUAAAACUGGUGAAAAGGGAAGAGCACAAUGAAUUAAUGCAAGCAGCUUAUCGUCAUAUUACUUUUAAACAUUUUUAUGUAUGUAUGUAUAUUUGCUUCAAUUUUUGUAAAAAUAUCGCCUAUAUACCUCUUUAUUUAUCCAUUUACAUUUUACCAACCAUUCUCAUUCUCCUUUUUGCUACCUCUCGCAUGCAAGCCAUGCAUAUGUAUACAUGUAUGUGCAUUAACAGAAUCCACAUAUGUAUGUUCCAUGCGCAUUUGCUCUUACGCGAUUUCUUUCAUUUUCUGUUUUGCCUUCGUGUAGUGCGGUUGUUUUCUUCGUUUAGUUUGUUUUUCGGUACGCGAAAGUUAAUAAUCAUAAUAAUCGAAAGUAAUUUGUGCACUAAUUACGAAUACUUGUGUGUACAUUUGAUAUAAGUAUAAUAUAUUUCGAGUGAAACCCUUUAAUAUGUGUGUAGUGCGUAGUUUUACAUUUGUUAGGCUCCGGCUGCCAUUUUGUGAAAUCCAAAUGAUUUGUUUAUAUUAGAUAUUCAGUUUUAUAUUUGCAAUAAAAAAUGGCUGAUUUCGAUACAAAAUAUAAAGAAAUGCAGAAAUAUCUGCCGUUUCUACAAAAUGUCAUCGAAAAAUUGCGUAGCAGCUCCGAACAAAGUGAUGAUAACCCGCGCAAGGCGCAAUUGAAAAAAAUGGAGGUGCUGCACGACCUACUGAAGAGCAACAGGAAAAUGUUAAAAAUGGAGACUUUACUGAAAUGUGAAGGAUUAUUAAUAAAACUGCAUAGCAAAAUGGAAAGGAUACCCUUUUUGCAGAGUGAUAAUGAAACUUCCAAACCAACUAAUCAAACUUCCAACUUAAAACAUAAAACAACAAAGUCAAAUACAGAAGUGCCAAGUGAAAAAAAUACAACAGUGUGUAGUGUUGAUAUAGUUGAUAUAACUGGACCCGAGAGUCCGCCACCGCAGCCAUUGGAGGAGGAGCCACCUGUAGAAAUACCUACAGAGAGGCGUUGCUCACCAGUGAAUGAUAUAAAAUCAUCAAAAUCCGAACACCGCGAUAAACACAAACACAGUUCAAAGCAUAAUGAACGUAAUUAUCAACAUCACAAUCAGCAGCAACAGGGGCGCCAUCACUAUCAUACUCAAUCACAUGAGCAAAGUCAUCAAAAAAUAAAUCUUAAUAGAACUGUGGAUAAAAGUAAGGAGCAUUCAAAUGAUGCAUCCAAAAUUUUUCAUAGACGCCGUACGGGCGCGGAAAGUGCGACUGAUGCAGCAAACACAAUUAAAGGUAAUAAAUGCCAGUUUGAUCCGCUAAGAAAUCGCGAUCCGCGCGCAUCGAAUGCAUUUGCCCACGAAAUAUAUUCACCCGAAGAAUGUUGGGAUGACAAGCCUGGUACAAGCUUUAAUGCAAACCACACUACAGUUUCGGCCACUCAUGAUACUCCCAAUAAUUUACGUGAACAGUCAUAUCAUGACACGAUCUUUAAUUUUAAGAAAAAUGUGCCGAAACCGGUUGAAAUGUUUUCACGUGUACGCAAUCUUGAACAGCCAACUACUGUAUCCAACAGAAGUGCAACCUUUUCAAUACCUAUCAAAGUGCCUACUAUACCGGAUGUGCUGAAAAGUCCACCAUUGUCGGCUAGCGAUAUCUCAGACUUACUCAAUGAGAGUGGCGGAAGAGGUACACCAAGUAUCUCAGAGAUUGGUAUACGACGCCCAGUAAAGGCCACAGUUCCUAAUAACAUUGGCACAACCGAUCAGAUAUCGCUCAUGGAAGCUGCAACACUGGAUAAAGUGCGCAAAAAAUUCGCAAUUGUAACGAAAAGUUCACGAGACAGUCCGGAUGUGCCGACUACAACUACGCCCAAUAAUAUAGCAACACCUUUGCCAAAAGAACGUAUAGCUUUAAAAUAUAAUCCACACCCGCGGACAGAGCGUAAUACAUUAUCGGUUAGUAGUAAUAGCAGUUGUGGUAGCGAUACACAUGUUGCACAACCGGUUGAUCCACGUUUGAAUUACAAUCGUUUUAAUAACGCUGGGAAUAAUUUGACAGUGAUCAACUCGUCAAAUCCAUUAAACUCAGCUGCGCCACAUGACCCCAGGCUACGGAAUGCCGCUGCUACAAGCAUGACUUCCAACCUGUAUAAACAAUCACAGAACCCACAACUAAAGCCCGCAUCUCUGCCGAUUCAGCCCCAAUCCACAGCUGUGUCACCACAGAUCAAUCCUCCAAACAUCAAGCCCCCAGUAAAACAGUCCCAUAUACCCAGUUUAUUAGACGUUAAGGUGACGGAUCCACGCGUGCCGUACAAUGCAAGCUUCCCAAGCACACCAAUGGAAGCAAGACAACACGUGGCAAAUAAUAUGCCAGUAAGCCAAACACAUGCAGGCAUAUUUUCCCGCAGAGAUUUCCCCAUAAAUAACUAUGGCGGUAUGCCGGUACCAACUUCACUAGAACGGUCCACGGUACAGAGAAGUAAAAGUGGUUAUAGCAGUGAAGAAAACUGGGACUCGGAUCCGGAUACCCCAGCUGUAACAAAAACUGUCAUACAGUCACAGCAAGCUACACAAAUUCAACCAUUUAUUGAACUUGUGAAGGCAACGGAUGGACACGUGGAUGCAGGUACUCGAACCACCAAACCACCUUUGCUACCUACACCGGCAUUCGUACGCACAAAUAGCGGCAACGGCUCAAUGCCGCCGCACAUCGUAAACCCACAUUUUCAGCAACAUUCCCAUAGUGUGCCCCAAUAUUCCACUAACUGCAAGUUUAGCGCCUUGUUGAACGAUAAAACGGAGCGUUCGAAAUAUUUCGAAUCGAAAAAACAAAAGAAAAGUGCACCACGUACCUAUGUUGAGUAUAAACAGGCAAAAGCGCGUGCUGCUGCAGAAGAUGCGGCCCGGAAAGCCGCCGCUGAGACCGCAAAAUCGCCAAAUGUCGCAACCAAAGAUAUUGGUGAAGUGAGUGCAGUUGAUAGCAGUGUGUUGGCGAAGCUUUCAGAACAUCCACCCGUCGCCUCAACAUUGGAUAAAUUAUAUCGUAGCACAGACUUUACUAGCACCGAAUUUCCCAAAGCCAAAACUAGUUUUAAAAUACCAAAGAAGAUUGUCGAAAAAGUGUCAGAGAAAACCGAAGCAGAGCCAAAAGCUGUUGUUGAGAAAAAGGGAGAUAUUAAAAACAACAACGAGUCUUUAGCGCCGGAGCAACCAAAUAAGGAUCAAAUUAUUAACAAGACGACAGCGGUGUUCAAAGCCAAAGCAGAGAAUACUGCAACUGCAACACAAGACGUUAAGAAGAAAGCUGAAAAGAAGUUGCAAAUACCAAAGAAAGUGCAGGGCGGUGUCAGCGCUAAGAAUGAGGGAAACAAAUGUAAUAAUAAAGAAAGUGCUAAAAAAGAAAGUGUGGAUACAAGCAUUAAAAGCAGUGAAAAAGUGAAGAAGAAACCUGCAAACAAGCGUGUAGUGCAAGCUAAUUUGCAAACAACAACAACAGCAGUUGAUGCAAAGGCAGAAAUUAGCGAUGAUGCAACCAAAGAUGUCGUGGAAAGCAUCACGUCUAAGACUUCCAAAGGAAUGGAACUAAAUAAUAAGAUUUCACAAAUUAAUGCCAGUUCUUCCGAAGAAGCAGUAAGUAUUACGAAUGAACCGAAAGAAACGAAUGAAAAUAAAAAUACUGCUGAGGUUAACGCCAGUAUUGAAUUAGCUACUAAUAAUAAAGGUGAUUCCGAUAAAGUCAGUACACAGAACCUGCUUUUGAAGAGUGUAGCGAAAGCCGAAUUUAGUGAGGCAAAAGAUAUGCCAACAAAGGAAGACGAGAGUGUAUGUCCGUCAGCAGCUUUGUUUUUGAAAAGCCUACGAAGUUUCGGGAAACCUGCGCGUAUAUUAAAACGUCGUAAUACCAUGAUGGUCCAUGGUAGUUUACCCGAAGUAGACAAAGAAAAAAUUUUUCCCAUAAAAUCAUUGGUUUACGAAGACAUUCAAGGAGCUAAAGAAGAAGAAUUGCGGAAAGAGAUUGACGCUAAAAUGCCCAAAAGUAACAAAUGUCUCGCUGAAAUCUUUCAAAAAACCGAUGAUAAUUGCAAGGUUUCAACACAAAAUAUCAUUUCCGGGAAACGGCGUACACGCACGAAUGUUAAUUUCAAUGAAGUCCAACGGUCAUUAGAAAUUUUUAACCACAAGCGGCGCAGUGAGCCGUUGAAGCAGCCAGUCGAGAAGGCGGCACCAGCAGCAAUAAAGAAAAAGAUCUCUCCUAAAGGCAAGAAGGGAACCAAAGGCAAGAUGACGCAUGAGACCAGUGUCGAUAUUACGUUUGACGAAAAGUUAGCUGAAGCUAGGGACCCUGAACAAGCGAUUGUAGCGAAGGCAGAGAAAAAACCAACGAAGCGUAGAAGCGUCAAGGUUAUAAAAUGUGAACAGGCGUUAGAAGCGAAAGAGCCUAAUAUCGAGGAAAUUGACGAUACUAAAGAACCAGUUAGAGAAGCAGCCACGGUAAAUGUAGUGGAGAAGUCGGUUAAGCCCAUCAGCAGAAUUGGUACCAUAAUGGAUGAAGAUGCACAAAAACGUCAUCUGUUGGAGAGCUUCGUGCAGGAUAUACUAAAUCCCAAAAAGGACAAAGCGCAAAUAUUCAGUUUGUUAUCACAAAUAUUGAGCGAAGAUAACCUAAAAUUCGUAAAAGAAAUCGUGGAAAGCGCAGCCGAUAAAACUGCAACCCCAAACGAAGAGGUAAACGAGGACGUGCUUGAAGAAGAAAACAAUAUAGCGCCAUGCGACAACGAAGCACUUACGGUUAAUAAUGCCGAGGAAACAACAGUAAAUAACAGCAAAGCAAUUGUGUGUGCAACAAAACCGACUAAAAGCAAAGGAAAGGUAAAGAAAAAGAACGAAUUAGAUCGUCUAAACGAAGAUAUACGCACGAUGUUCAUCAGCCAAGGCGUGUUGACGGCCACCGGUCGCCGAAUGUGCACUUUAGUCGCUGCAGCCGAAGAAGCAAACAAAACCGAUGUCAGUGUGAAUAAAAAGCCGCCUACACACGAAGGGACGGAAGACGAAGUAAAAUGUAAAGCAUCAAUUGCAGAAGCCGGCAACGAAGUGCCAGCAGUACCGCGUAUACGUAAAUCCAAGGUUGUGCUAAAGCCUAUAGAUCUUAAAGAAUUUCAAAAAUGUAUAGAAACUGAACUAGUUGAUGCAAGUUCUGACGCGACGCCACCAAGAAAAAUGCCUAUACUCAAACCGCAUACACCCAUAAAACAAUCCGAAGUUGAAGAUGAUAGCGAUAAAUUAACUGAGCGACCGCUGGCUAAAAAAAUCAAAAUAGAUAUCGACGUGAAGCGGGUGAAGCCCGGGCCGAAAUGUAGUAAAAAACAACCGAUUGUCUUAUCAUCCGAUGACGAAGAAGAUAACAGUGAUGAAAAGGUUAUUCAGCCUCUGACGGAGAAACCCACAACUUCUACCAAUGCUAAAACGAAAUCAACGCUGAUAAAGAAUACGAAUAAGGAAUGGCAUUCGCAAUCCAAAUGGGCUAAAUGGUGCGUAUUGUGCGACAUCAAAAUAAGCUAUCCCGCCACACAUUACAUGCGGCAACACGAAGAAUUUUACGCUGCACGUUUGGCACCCGAAAUAUUGGAAAAACUUAAGGCAGGUCAAAUGACCAAGGCUCAUUUUGGUGUAAAAAGCAAGACAUUAACAUCCUGGUUCUAUUGCUGUCCAUUUUGUUUGGAACAUAAACGCAUGAAACAGACCAACUGGGUAGAGCAUAUAAACACGCAUACGGGUGAAUACAACUUUGAAUGUAGCAACUGUUAUCAACCUGGCGCCAAAAGCUGGCAACUUGAAAAACACAUCAAAACGAAUUGCCUUGGUGCGACAGUUCUGUGCAAGUACGCGUUGCCAACUGAACCAGUGCUGCGUAUGCAUGUCUGUCAGCUCUGUAAUUUCAUACAGUUGUGGAGACAGAAUAUAGACAAUCACCUCGUUACGCAACAUGAUAUUGAAAAAUCGAAAGUCGCCAAAAUGUGUUAUACAAUUGAACUGUUCGAUACUAGGGAUGUGAGAAUAGUCGAUAAUGCGAGUGCGGUGAAAUUGGAAACGAAAAUAAUAAACGAAGGUUUAGUUAAGCUCGACGACUUAGAGGAUUCAACCACGGAAACCCCGCUAAAAGCUGACGCAGCAGAAAAGAGCAAAGAUGAAAGUUUUGACAGCGAUGAUAUACCGAUUGCGCAAAGCCUACAAUGUAAUCAAGUUGCUGAAGCUAAAAAGAUCGCUGUGGAGCGCGCUUUAAGCUCCAAUAUAUUCGUGCCUACACGUGAGACGAACGAGUCACCCACAAUGAAUAAUUUUGCACAAAGUUUAUUCACAAAUGAGCAAGAAGCCGUUGGCAUAGGUUGCACGGCUGCGGCUGUAGGCUCUAGCAGCAUAUCGAUUGCUGAACGCUUAACUCAGAAGUUCAAGAGCAUACAAAGCGGUAAAGCGAGCACAACGGCCAAUGCCAGUAAGAUCUUGGAGAUACCAAAUGCAACUGUCAUUACCAAUAAGGUCCUGGAAACACCAAAUGCAACUACCGCUGAAGCAAUAGAGCAGACAGGGCUUACGCAAAGUACAGUUGACGAGUCUAUUGCCGCAUCGAGCAAGGAACUCGGCAGUGCAAUGGGAGAAAACCGGUUGAACUCAUCAACCGAAACGGCAUUCUCCACAAACGAUGUAGACACAACACCGGACGAUGACCUGCCGACGUCAGGUGAAAUAGUAGCGGCUGCGACAAGUGAGCGUAUAACCGAUUCACCCAUUGAAGACGACGAUGACAACUGGGAAGAUAUUGAAAUUACAGAGUCUGCGCCAAGCACUACGUCAUCAACGGUUUCAGCGGCCUCAAGCACAAAUAAUAAAGGAGGUAAAGCUAAAAGUAAGAAUGUGUUGCAUAAGCUUAAUCGACUGUAUGCAACGAAUAAUAAGCUAAAGAAGAGCUUGACUUUAACUAUUGGAAGUCGAAAGAAAGAAGAUAAGAAGGAGUCGGCGGCUAGCAAUUCCGCAAAUAAAGAGCAUGCAGCGCAGGCUGCUGUCCUAAGUGUGGAAAAAACAAGUGAAACCGCAAUCGAGAAUUUAGCUACAACCAAAGCCACUUCAACAGACACCGCUACACCCGCAAUAAUAACUACGGUGGCGACAGUAACGACACCAUGCAUGGCCACGCCUAUGGCGCCAGGCCCCACCUCAAUACCGCAACCAUCUACACUUGUAGCGCCAGCUACAACUACCGGUGUCAUGCCGGAAAAUGAAAAUAUAACUGUAGCUACGACUACACCCCUUAUUGUUGAACCAAAUCUCGGUUUUCGUCCUUUAAUUACAAAUCUAGACGACUUGUUGCCCGAUUCACCAUGCAAUGAUCCGAUAGAUCUGGUGCCGGAAUUGACACCUAUUGAAUCGCUGCAAGAUCUCUGUGAUGUUUCAUCAAUACUCAAUUCCGAGUAUAUGUCCGAUAAUUGGUUGACAAAUACAACUAAUUCAAAUAUAAAUAACGAUAAUAGUCAGCAGGCUAACAUGCAAGAGGCUUUGGAUUUCGUUAAAGAACAACAAAGUGUACAAAGUAGUGUCAGUACGAUCGCUCCAUUGAUGACCUUGCCGACAAUUCAGCGCAUACAAAAUAUCGGCUUUUCGAAGUCGGUGGAAGAUAACACAUACAAAUUUUAUUGUCUCUCCGACAACUGUACUUUUCUCUAUUCGAGUGAGUUGAUUGGACUGGAGAGUCAUUUUAGUUGCGAGCAUGCGCAAGCUACUUGGAAUGGCUACUGUUACAGCUGUAAAGCCAAUGUUGAGUGUGGCGAUGCGAUCGCAGAUAGUAUAUUACCACUUUCUACCGAACUAACUCACUUGCGUUCAAAACACUUGAUUGCCAUGAGCACUGCACCCAUUUUACCAGUAGUAGAAGAGUUGCGGCAACCAUCUAAAUCUAACUCCCCAGCGCUGGAUGAAGACAGACCACGUAUUAAGAUUAGACGCUUGACGGGAGACUGUCUUUCAACAACGCCAACACCUAUCUCAAAUCAAAGCUCGAAGUCAGUUUCGACUUUUGAUGAAAACGCACAGCUUGUUGAAUUAACACCCGCAGAAACACGUUCGACAUCAACGAUUACAACUUCAUUCUUAAAUCAAAUACCAACAGCCGUCGGGCAACCACCAGCUGAAAAUAGACAUUUUGAAAAUAUUGGCGUCCAACCUAAUUCUUGUACACCUAAUGUCACAAUGCCAAGCACGGACACGCCUUGUCAAUUACAAAUUGCCAGUGUGGUUAGUUUGAAGGAUAAAAAAUACGCCAAUCCAGUCGGAUCUGCGGGACCGCUACCAGUAAUUUCAAAUGUCUGCAGUUUAAAUUCCCGUUCCGUAUCGUCACCUGUUAAUAAUGUCGGUUCGGUUUGGGCCCAGCACAUAGUGGACGAGCGUGCCGAACUGGAACGCUCGGCCGCUGAGUCUAUGGAAGUAUCGCGUAUAUUAUCCAGUAGUCACGCGAAUAAACGUUUAGAGAGUAGCACAGAAGUGAAUACAACACGUGCUGUUACUGAUUCACCUGAACCACAAGUGGUGGCAGAAACCUUGCCAGUCGCACAAGCCACUAGCGGCAAUUACCUGAUAACCCAAACAGUUUCGGCGCAAUACGUUGAAGGUCGCUUAGGUUUCAAUAUAUCGAUUGCGAACAAUCCUUCAAUGUGCUCGAGCCGUUCGGACUCGGGAAGCAAUGCCAGCACAUCGUCGGCUAUUGUCGCAACAGUGCCACAAUUUAAAUGCAUGGCGAAUGGUUGCAAAUACCAGACGCGCUUACCCGUAGCCAUGGUCGAUCACUUACAUUUCCACGAUCGGCAGAACUUUAGCGCACAGCGUGAAUAUCUGCGCUGCUCGCAAUGCACAUUUUUGGCUGAAGAUGUAGAUGGAUUUGUGCAGCACACAGAACAAAAACACGGUAUGUUUAUGCGUAGCUCUACGAAUACCGAGACUGUGGGGGAUACAGCCGGUAAUACAGACAGUAACGGGAGUCAGCAAAAUUCCGUUGGUAAGACAAUUACAAGUAAGGAUACCAAUAAUAAGCAAGAUCAAGGAAUGGUUCAAACUUUCACACAAGAAACAUGGGAGACCGCUUUGAAGGAGAUUGUCGCUAAAACUGGUGUGCCAGACUCUAAACUUUUCCGCUGCACUGUUGAGGACUGCAAAACUAAAUUGUCAGAUUCCAGUUACUAUUCACAUGUUGUUUAUCAUUUAUCCACACUUGGACAAACCAAUAUCCAUAACCGUACAUUUAAGUGCCCACACUGUAGAAGUGUCUAUCAUAAGCCACAAAAGAUCAAGGCUCACAUCAAAACACACGGUGUGCACAAAUACUUUUGUUAUCUCUGCACCCAAACCACCUUCAACGUCGAUCAUAUGUACAAACAUUUCGAGGAGCGACAUUGGCGUUCCAAGAAAUUACGCUCCACACCGUUACCUUACAAACAAGGUUCCACUACAAUAUUCUAUGUGAUUUUCACAACUCUAUUAAGUAAAUAUGAAAUUCAACAAUUUCGCGAGAAAUUAAUUGCCGAGUGGCAACGUAAAAAAUCGAGCGCACGCACACACUUUAAGCCGAGUGAAAUCGGUUUAUUACCGCUGACGCCUAUAUUUGGUAAGGAUUUGAAUUGUGCCAUUUGCGCGUAUAAGACAAAAGUGCGGACAAAUUUGUUGCGUCACUUGCAAAUGCACACCGACGACAGUAAUAGCGGCGCACAGCCUGUGGCCAAUGUGGAUCCCGUCAAUCCAGUGCCAUGCCUCAAUUCAAGUGAGAAACACUUCGAUAAAAUGACAAAUUUAGCUUCAUCUUCAUUAGUCGUCGGCAAUACGACUGCAAAUGCCACGAAUGCAGCAAAUGGCGGCGCUAACAGCAGGGGUAAAAUAGCUUACGAGUAUGUGCCGGAUACGAAGCGUUUCACUUGUGGUGUCAGUAAUUGUCAAUAUCUAACAAUAUCAGAUGACAUAUUUCGUUCGCAUUUAAAUGCAUUACACAGCGAUAUUUCGCUUUACAAUUGUCCACAUUGUAAGGAAGAGAUUUGUAAACGUGGUUUGUCCAUUGACCGUAUUUUGGGCCAUUUACGAUUUCACGGACCGAAAUUGUAUAUGUGCGACAACUGUGGAUAUAUGCAUUACAUGAAAACAGUGGUCGAAAGGCAUAUACGACAGCACGAUGUACAACCGCCGCUAUUCGUGAAGAUUAUCGAAUGCGAUCGAACAAAAGAUAAUGCAGCCACGAAUAUCGAUAACAUACCAACUCCCACAUCGAUAGCGCAACCAGUCGCUGAGACCGAUACACUGAAAUCCAAAUGUAAACAAAAAUGGACAUGCAAUUUAUGUGGUCACAAAACAAUGACACAACAACAAAUAAUGGCGCAUACAUCAUCACAACAUUCGUGUAAAAAUCAAUAUCAAUGUAUGCAUUGCGUAUUUAAUGCAACCCAACUAGUACAGGUAAUGUCACAUGUCGAUGAGAAACACCCGGGUAAGAAGCGUGAAGCGCGCUAUGUCUUUGAAAAAAUGGAGGGGAAAGAGGAGGAUAGUAAUAAUGUAAAUACGAUUGAUACACGCCCGCUCUGGCAACGAGACGAUCCCACACGCGUACGUCACAUACGCGGCAUACUAAUGGAAGAUGAAGAGGAGUCAGAACGUUAUAGAAAGCGUUUACGCUUGGAUGAUAUUGACGAGAUAGUGGAAAACGAUGAUGGCGAUGAGAAUAUAAAUUUAAAUCAAUUUGGACUAAUGUGCUACUAUUGUUUUGCGCAAUGCGCAAGCCCCAAAGAACUCUUUGAGGCACAUUGGCAAGCAACGGUCUGUACGAAAUACGAUGCAAAGAAACCAAUGCGCUUUCGCAUUAGCACACAACUUAAAUGCGCGCAUUGCCUUUCGUUUGUGGGCAAUAGUCUACAGUUAAUGGAACAUAUGAAGGUGAUGCACAAGGCAACCAAAUAUUUAGCCGCAGAUCCACACGCCACUGCCGCUGGUUUAACCUGUGGCCAUUGUCCGUAUCGUGGACAAACAUUGCCGCAUUUAGCACAGCAUACUGCGCGUUUACGCCAUAAACCGUUCGACCUGAAAACCAUGUCGGUUGCACAGCUAGAACAACUUAAAGCUAUCGGUACACCCUUAAGCUAUGUGCAAUGUCUUAGUUGCAUGGAACUGCUGGCGGAUCAAAGUGCCUUCGAAGAGCAUGUUUUGGAGCGCGCCAAUGAGUGUGAUAUGAAAUCACAAAAGAUCGUUAACAAGCUGAUCUAUGCGUGUGCGUUUUGUCCGUAUUCAUCACAACACGAAAUGGCUGUAUUACGUCACAUGAUCGAUCAUUAUAGCGGCUUCAAGCGUUGUUGUUUUUGCACACAGCCACAAACAACAUUUAAUGGUUACAUGCAACAUUGCUACUCGGAUCAUCGCGAGGAAAUCAAAAAAUUCUGCACAAUCUAUACCAUUAUGGAAAUUAGUAAAUACUUGCAACAGAUGCUGUUAAUAUUCCCAAAUGGUCUAACUAUCGACUUGUACAAUCUGCGUUUAACGCACUGUCUAAAGGAGUACGGCAACAAGCAUAUAAAGCAACUAUAUGAAGAAAUACAAAAAACUUCACAGCAACCGCCUAUACCACGCCUAUCUCUCGGACGGCUGGUUGCAAAGAAAUGCAGUGAAGCAAAAAUAUCUUCAACAGUAACACCACAAAGCGCAUCUGCCUCGACGGCGGCCGCUUUACAGCUGGCGGGCAACAAUGUCAAGGACUUACAAACUGUCUUCAAAGCGCAAAAAAUUAUGAAACGUCGCAGCACAAUUGCAUUGGGCAGAGAUGAGACUGCAAUUACACGUUUUACAAUGAAUGCGACUGCGAAUGAUGUUACUGCAGCGUGUCUAUUUAAUGGCAAAAAGCGCAAGUUGCAACAUAACUUGGAUUUACUGCCACCACCCGCUCCCAUGUUUACCCCCACAGCUGCCAUUGACAGCAUUGAUAACGAUCCGCUAAGUGUGAGCGACAAUGAAACGACGCAAACAGAGUUGCAACCGUUUAGCUACUACGGGCAGACACCCGAACCAGUGGAUUUGAAUAAAGUAUUCAUCAAAAUCGCUGCUGCCAAUACCGUGGAGACAAGCAUCAAUAUAUCUAAAUUCAAAUUGCUGUACAAUAUAGCGCCGCGUGUCCUGGUGACACCAACCGAUAUGACAAAGUACCGCAAGCUUAGUGUAAAACGAAAGUAUAUUAAACCAUGUCCGGCGAGUCACAAAAUCAGGUACGCUUGAGCGUUGUAAAUACAUAUACUCCUAUAUACGUACUUAUGUAGUAUAUAAAGUUAAUUAUGAGAUUAGCCUCACUUUAAUGUGACUAUGUGGUUUCGUGAUAAUUUUAAGCAACUAAAGAACCAUAUUACAAAGUUUAAAA